GGCGGGAGAAGUAUUGAUGGAAGACUGUUUACGUGCAGUACACAUGUAGUCGCCAAGUUGACCUGAGUUUGCGAUGGAUUUUUCGGCUCUUAGUUCCGAAUUGCAAAACAUUGCAGGGAGAUACAAUGGACGAGACACCGAUCCUGCCUAUUCCACCACAAUGUAUUGUGAAAUGUUCCACAAGAUCCUUCAAAAGACGGAGACUGAAGUCCAUGACUAUGCUGACCAAAUUGUGAUACUGUGGAUGACCCUGUCACAGCUCUGCAACACAGCUAACACCUUGGCAGCCUGUCCAGCCAGAAAUGAACUCUACCAGGACAUAUUCUUACAAUGCGCAAAAACUGUUCUGAACAUAAAGUGGCAAAACUUGCCAGAAGAAGACCAGAGCAAGGAGAACUUUACAGAGACGGUCAAGGCUACACAUGUGCAGUUAGUGACCACUGGGUUUGACCGCUUCAGUUUGCUCCUGCAUCUUAUGGAGAAUCCUUGGACUGACCCGACUCUCAGUGAGAUUAUGUCUGGGGAAGCUGAUAACGAUGACGACGCUGUCCAAGAGUACAUCAGAAACGAGUCGACGCUUAUCCUUAAACUCCGUGUCGAGAUGUUGAUGCAGGAGAACUGUGAGGAGUUCGCUCUCAAUCUGAGCAACACUCUGAUGGGUCACGAGGUGUUUGUCAAGGACAUGGAUCUCCGUGAGACACAACUUAAACUUUUGUACAAACUCAACCAGAUGGACAAGCUGCAGGAAGUGUGUGAGAAGAUUGUGUGUCAUGAUGGUGUGAAGUUGGUGCUGCGACUGGAACAGAAGGAAAGUAACCAGGCACUGAGUGUCCGACUCAUCCAGCUGUUCCUGGUACAGGACUGGAUCAAACCUGAACAGAAGUGCUGUACACAGGAGUUGCUGAAGCUGUGGAUUCGCCACCAGUACAUAGCCGACCACAACAAGGAGAAGUUCCUGGACAGUGUUUGGGCUAUCGCCAAACUCUCCCUGUGUACACAGCAAAUCCUGUUGCUUGUCAGUGGGCUGCAUAGAGAGUGUGGCAAUGAGAUGAUCCAGCUGUAUACGGACCUUUGUGUAUAUGCCAUCAAUGUAGACAAAGGCUGCUGUGAACAACAGAUGCUGCAGGGAAACAUGGAGGGUGUGAAAGAUCGACAACAUGCCAUCGCACAGACCUGUCGCAAGUUAUCCGCACUGUACAAUGGGCUCAACCCAAAGAUAUCUCGCAUCAGUUCACUGACAGCCUUCUCCCUUGAUGCAUCACUGGUGAACCUGUGUCUGGUGGAGAGAAUGUUCAACAGGAAGUACUGUACUCAUUCCAAAAAGGAGUGUGCUGCCUGUAUCAAGGUGUUCAGCAGUGUGACGCAUUGUGUCGGUGACGUGAAAGUUAACCCAGCUACAUUAUACGAGGUAGAACGGUUGCUCAAUAUGCUGAGGCCGUAUUACCUCAAUCCAGACUUAGCAUGGAAAGAGCUUUUACCUGUGUGUCAGAAAUUCAUGAAGGAAAGAAGUCAGUCUUCUUCCUUAGAGACGAAAGAGGAAACCACCCCUCCAAAAACACCCCCAAAAAAGAAAUCUGAUUCGAAACCCAAAACAAAAAAGUCUUCAACUAAAAAGGAGAUGAGUGUUUCACCAGGAAACAUUAAGUACUACUGUGAUGAUAAUGUGUCAUAUCUGCCAAAAGAAAGUGUUCCAAAAAUGAAAAAUAAAAAUUUCAGGAUGAAAUUAGCAGCGCCCAGUUCAAAUUCAUGUACUCAAACACCAAAACCUGAUGACUCUAAAGCCAAGCCACAAGCUGUUAAACCAGCAACAACACCACCCAAAGCCAGUACUGUGUUUGAGUUUGAUAAACAGUUAUUUCAGUAUAAUUUCAAAGGAAAACAAGCUGAUUCUGGUUCAUCUGCAUCAUCCACUGUUGUCAAGGAGCAAAUGUCACCAGCAGGGUCUGAACUUUCGAACAGUUUUGCCAAUAACCACCCAAAGACACCUACACAGAUCGCCAAUUUGAAAUGUCAGGCUGUUGGGGUGGACAGCCUGGGACAACCUGUGUUAGUGAAACUGCCAAUCUCCGUCGGCUCACAAAGUACAGCCACCAUACCCUCCACUGUCAGUGGUGUUGUAGCUCCUUCAGCUGCUAGGCAACGGACUAUGUAUAUUGGGGACCCCACAUCCCUAUGUCUACAGUCUCCGAACCCGAAUACAGGGUUACAUAUUGCUGGACAGGGGAAAAUUCAAAAACCUAAAAAGCGACAGCCACACAGCAUUGGAGAACUGUUAGAGGCUACAAGGACCAUGCCUUGUUCCACUUCAUCUAAUUUCAAUACUACUGCAAGUAAUGUGACUAGUCCUAAGCCCGCUACUCAGCACUCUCUCCCAACGUCAGCAGAUCUGUUAAGGGCAGCCCGUGAUUAUAACUUAACAAUUGUACAGAAACCUGUAACUCCAAAGCCUUUCCAAACACAAUACAGUACUGCUGAUCUUCUUAGAGCUACGAAGAACAUCCCUCAAAAAUCCAAACCAGAACUGCAAUCAGCCAGCAAUCUGCAAAGCGCAAAGGACAUGAUGCAAGCAACAAAAGCAGCAUUUGCUGCCUCGGUUCUUGGUUUUAUCCCAAAGCCACAGGCUACCAUUUUGUCUGAAGUGUCUCAGGGCAUAGGGCUGACAUCGUUACAUAAUCAAGGAAGUGUUGGGAGUGUGGGUACCUCAGGGUCAGAACUUAAACCAACCAAAAAACCCAAAGCUCUCAGGAAGCCUAAAACUGUGGUCCCAGGACAGGUCAACCAGAAGGCCAAGAUAAAACAAUUGAAUGUUUCUCAGUGCAAUAGUGUUCAGUCAACAAGCAAUAAAACUCUCGUAGCACAUUCCUACAAGACAGUCGAUGGUAGCAUAUCUUUCCUGUCAUCCAAUGUUGCAGGGGCUUCCAACACAAUACCAACCCUAGUUAACCAAAUCAAUGCCCAAUCUCAGUCUCCUGUCCGUCCACCAGCUAAUUCAUACCAAGUGAUUGCCAACGAUAAAUCAAACCAUCGUCCACGUAUAAUUCCUAUUCGGGCUACCUGCAACAGCAAGUUUCCACCCUACUCCUCUGCGAUCACCAGUGAUGCCCUAUCUCUGGGGCAAGUUGUGGGUGCCAACACAACGGUGACCACUAGUGCUGGUUCCAUCACAUCCACUCAAACACACAAAGAACAUGACAUCUACAACUUAUUAACAAAAGAAAAAACAGUGGUGAAACAGUCCCCAACUACAGCAAAGAUUGGAGGCUUUCGACGUCCGUCUGCAGAUGAACUUCAGAGUAUUGUUGAUUGGCUACAAACAGGUACCGAGGAUGACAAGAAAAAGAUGCAGGUCCAGUCUCCUGUGUCAGCACACAUCACAGUGUCCACGCAAGAAGUGGUCACUACUGUACCGUCUUCUGUCCAGAGUGGGACACCUCCAUCUGUGGGCACUCCUACUGUUACCUCAGCAUCUUCAUUUGUCACGUCACCUGCUGCAGUAGCUCCAAAAGCUGUGUCAUUAACUCAGGAACAGCUGCAGAAGAUUAUGGCAGGAUUAAGUCAGCGACAGAAAAUUAAACAAAAGUCACCCUCCCCAAAUAAAGCGCAACAAAAGAAAAGUCUAAAUAAACAGCUUCAGCAAUUGUUAGCACAGGAUAUCAAAAAAGGAAGUCAAUUAGUUGGAAACAGAAACAAUUUUGUUCAGCAAAAUCCUUUGCAGAAGUCUCACGGCAAUAAUGAUAAGAUUAUUCAGUCAUCAUCAUCCCACGGAAAUCAACUAGUUCAACCUUCAUCAAUCCAUGGAAAUCAACUAGUUCAACCUUCAUCAACACCAGGAAACCAACUAGUUCAACCUUCAUCAUCCCAUGGAAACCAACUAGUUCAACCAUCGAUGCCAACAACACCAGGAAUUCAAACAGUUCAACCAUUGACAUCAUCAACUCCUGGAAGUCAUUUAAUUCAAUCAUCAUUGACACAUGGAAAUCAGCUAGUUCAAUCAUUGACAACACCUGGAAUUCAACUAUUUCAGUCAUCAACACAUGGAAGUAAACUAGUUCAACCAUCAAUGACACAAGGACAUCAACUAGUUCAAUCUGCAACACCUGGAAUUCAGCUAGUUCAACCAUCAACACAUGGAGAUCAACUAGCUCAACCAACAGCAUUUGAAAAUCAGCUAGUCCAAUCAUCAAUAACACCUGGAAUUCAACUAGUUCAGUCAUCAACAGCUCUUGGAAUUCAAAUACUUCAGCCAUCAUUGACAGAUGGAAGUCAACUUAUGCAACCAACAACUUCCCUUGGAAAUCAAUUAGUUCAUUCAACAUUUACACCGGGGAUUCAACCAGUUCAACCAUCAACAGCGAAUGGAAUUUUAGUUCAGCCAACAUCUUCAUAUGGAAAUCAGCUUUCAUUCAGUGAAAAUCUAUUGGUUCAGUCAUCAGCACCUCAAAGAUAUCAAGCAAUUCAACCCGCACCAACACAUGAAAAUCAAUCCUUUCAGCCAAUACCAUCUCUUGGUAAUCAACUAUCGUUAGUUCAAGAGAAUCAAGUCAUUCAAUUUUCUCCAACACAAGGAAAACAAGCAGCUCAACCAGUACUGACCACUGAAAAUCAACCUAUUCAACAGUCACAAAACCAAGGAGUAGUUUCAGGAAAUCCACUUUUUCAGUCAACAAUACAGGGAAUUUAUGCAGGAAAUCAACAGAUACAGCCUUCCCAGUUCCAGGAGGUCUCUGCAUCCAUCAAACCACAGCUUAUCGCUCCUGCCUUGACAUUGCCAGUGAGUUCACAGGUGACUGUGAGCCAAUCACUUUCAAGUACAGAUCAGGUAACCAAUGCUAUCCAAACUAUCAGUACAACAGGAAUUCAGCCAUCACUUAGUUUUCCUUCACAAUUCCAAAUCAGCGGGUCAAAAUCACUGACGAUGUCACCAAGUCAGUCAAAUACCAGAGUGCUUGAGUUGCAGUAUCUGGGACAGAUCAAUCCACCAUCCAAAAUUCUUCAUCCAAAGCCGCCAUCAGAAGAUAGUUCUUUGGUCCUUUCUACAACGGCAUCUGGAGACCCAGUCAGUCAACCAGGGAAGACCUCUGAACUUUUACCUGAAAUGAAUAUAAAAGCAGCUUGUGAAAUACAGGGAUUAAUGAAAUCGAAACAGCCAACAUUCAUUCCAAAGACGAUAUCAUCAGACGAUGAAUUAAACAUACCUAAAAUGCCUCUAGGAACACUGAAGGUUGUGGAAAAACCUGACCUCGUCUCAACCUUUUUUGGCAAGAACAGGAAUCCCUCAAAGCUUAAUAUUGACAACAAUCAUUCUGUAGCCGUUGGUGGUAGUAUUGAAAAAGUUUCAGCAUCUAUGGAGAAACAACAGCACAGAGCUGGUGAGCGUGAGCCAGCAGUGUCCAGUAGCUCUGAUCAUGAUGCGUCUGUGAACAACACGCAGAGCAACACAUCUUCCACACAAACUUUACCUUUGUAUGGCAAUACUAGUUGUAGUAUGCCAACCACAACCCAAGUGCCAUAUCCUCAGAAUGAUAGAAAAGCUCAAAAAAACACAUGUACUUUACAGGAUCAAUUUGAAUCGACCAAUUAUGAGAUCACCCGUGUUGGUGGGAAUGCCAGGGACGUACCUCAUGCCUUGGACACCCAAACCCCUUGUAGCAAUACCACUUCUGAAUUGAGCAUUUCAUCCAGCUCAGAGACUGACAAAGAGGUCAAGGGUACAGAUGCGGUAGAUACAAGUGUUCCUGUCAACAACAGGGAGAAGGUAUUGGAAACCAAGUUGGAGAACAUUGAAAUAUCCUCUGAAAAAGAAUCAGAUGUGUCAUUAGGAAUAGUUGAUGGUACAACCUGUCCAGAUUCAACUACUCGGACAACAAACAGUGAUGGUGAUGCUGAUAACAACUCGACUGUAGUCAACAAUCAACAAAGCUGUGAUGAUAAUGAUGUAAGUGUUCAUUCCCUGGCCAAUAAUACAGAUGAAAAGAAUGAUGUGAAAUCAAAACGAGGGCAAGUCUUGGAUCCAUUUCCAUUCAGUAAUGUAACUGAUAUGGAACAAGCCAUUCCUGGUGACAUGAUGCUACCUACUCCCAAAGGUGAUAAUCUGGCAGGUAAAAGUUUACCAAUGAAAAAGGAAAUGAAAGAAACAACAGCCAUGGAGCCUACUGAGAGGCUGCCAGAAGUACGGGAACCUGAGGCACCCUGCAGUUCUAGUUAUGAUAGUGAUCCAACAGGGAUGAAAGGUGAUCCUGUCAAAACAAUAUGCACUGCCUCAAACUUGUUUUCAUCAGGAAUGGAGGAAAACCCUGUGUUUAUUAGAAAGGAAAAUUUGGUAGAAGAUAAGAGCUUGCCAGAUUUUCAAAAAGUGACUGGAUUAGAUUCUGACACAUCAAAACUGUCACAAAGUUUGGUCAAGGAAAUCAGCGAAGAAACAGAAAAUGCCACAAAUGUGAUGGAAUCUUCAUCUGAUAUAACAAAAACAAGCACUGAACAUGUUGAGAAAGCUCCAAUACCUGAGAGCUCCAAUACCACAAGUGCCGAAGAAAUGACUCCUAAUGUUCCUGUUCAUACUACAGUGAAUGUUGUUACUCCCAUUUCAACUGACAAAGACAGUGAAAGGAAUGAAGUAUCAAACGAUGAAGAAAGUUCAGUCAAAGCUGACAAUGAAGUGACAAUUAAAUCUGAGGAGGACAUGGGUGGAUUAGUGUUAACUUUAGAUGAUGCUUUAGGUGAAUCAACUGCCUUGUUGUCCACACCAAUUGUACCAUGUGUUUCUACUGAGCCAACUCAACAGAUGGCAGAGGAUAACUUGACACCAGAAUUGAGGAAUUUAGUUUUACCUAACGAAGUCAAGGUUAAAUCCAUAGGGAGAAGUGAUGCUAAUGAUGAAAAAGCCAACCCUGUGAUAAAAACGGUGCCUACACAAGAUUUUAGAUUUGAAUUUGAGUUGGACAACAUCAAGAAUGGCGAAGUUACAGAAAAAAGGUCAGUGGAGUCACCACCACCUUCACAGGAUACUCUGGAAACAGGGAAACCUCCAGAACAGGAAAAGGAGGCUCCGUCAGAUCCGAUGAAAGUGAAAGAGGGUGUAGAUGACAUGGAAACAGGAAAUAAACAGUCUUUGAUUAUAACUAAUCAGGAUCCUCUGGAAAAAGAUUCCAUUCCAACUAAGGGUUGGGAGAAUGCAUUCGUUUCUUUUAUUGACAAUUUGGGCGAGAAGAAGAUGGUAAAAACAGACAAUAGCAAAGUCCACAUCAGACCAAUUUUCUCCAGGCAAGACAGCAGUGGAAGUGAGUCAAGCUCCAGGUCUGUUGGAAGUAGUCUUGGUAGCCGUGGUAGUCACAGAUCUUCUCUUGAUGAGGAGAGUUCUGGGACAAGGAUCCUUCCGCUUCAAAGGAGAGAAAAUGAUGUGAAAAGAUAUGAGUAUUUUUCUUACCAUUCAUCCUCUCACAAAUCAAAUAGGAAACGGUUGUCCAAUAAAGGCCUGUCUGGGCUGCAAAUUCAGGCACUACCAGAAAUUAAGGCCAAAAGUAAGCAGGCCAUGAAGCUUGUUCCUGCAGCAGAAGCAACAGAGGUGCCUCAACAGAAGGAAGUUGUGAACAAGUGUAUAAUCUGCUCUAAAGUUUUUCGGUCUGUUGAAAGCUUAAAAUGUCACGUACGAAACAUAUGUCGCCCCGUAGAUAGUAGGCCGGAUUCUAACCUGAAAGACUUUGAAUACAGUACAACUUAUUCGUGCCAUAAAUGUGAGAAAGAAGUAUCCAAGAAGGAGGAAAUAAAGGCACAUGUUGCUGAGUGCUUUAAGGAUGAUGAUGUGAUCCAGUCCCUCAGUUUCAGCACCAAAUACAUGUGUCAGAUGUGUGGGGAAUACUUCACCAGUAAAGACGAUGUACACAGUCAUGUGUCUCGGCUGUGUAGUAAAGUAAUGUCAUGUCGCCAGCAGCAGCAGGAUAGAUUGGACAGAAAGACAGAACUAACAGCCAAGCCACUGGCAGACAUGGUAGAAAGCUGGUACAGUAAGGAUGAGAAACACACAGACGAUAAUAUUAAGGAAGAGGUAUUGGAAGAAGCACAUGAGGAGGGUGAAGAGAAAAAAACCUUGGGUCUUGAUGAUUUGGAAUCAGAAAUAUUUAACGAAUCAAACAAUCAGUCAAAUGUAGAUACCAAGGAGGAAAGCAAAUCAAAACCGGUGUUGUCUAAGAAACGCAAGCAUCAGGUCUCCAACAUUAGUUUGCCUUCAAAGCAGUGGUCACUGAGAAACAAGACCAAAUUCUCAUCAAGGCUGAAAGGAUUUGAAUUUUUCACAAACAAGCUGAAUCCUGCAAGAAGGAGAACAGAACAGCGAAAAUGGCACGAGGAUUACCAUAGUCUGAGGAACAGAGUGGUCAAAAAAGAAGCAGUGAAGCAGGUCAUUGAGGGUAAAGAAGAAGUGCAAUCGUUAGAGCUUGAUGGAAAAACUUACGCCAAGCACAAAAAAAUCCCCAGGGUUGCUGCAAGGAGUGAAUCGAUACCAAAGAGAGAACCAUCCGAAGAUAAUAAAGACAAUGAAAUCAAGUGUGGCGAGGAAACAGACUCAAAUAUGGUUGUUUCCUCGAUGUCAAUUGCUGUCAAGUUAGAGAAGAAGGAAAGCGACAACACAGAAAUGCAGAAUCACACUUCAGCAAAGUCUAAGGGAGCGCCGAAGGAUGCCACUGAUGUAAACACAAUGAAUCCGCCCUUAAGGCAGAAACGUGUCAUUCAGGUGGGAAGAAAGUUCCUGCAAGACGAAUUUGAAGUUCCUGAAUUCCUCAAAAUACAAGUGGCCAACACUAACUUAAAAAGAAAAUCCCCACAGCACUGUCCAAAGUGUGGCCAGGUCUUCUCCAGCAGUUACAUACUUAUCCAGCACGUUGUCCGCGUCCACAUGUCUCCAUGCAAAUCAAAAUGGAACAGCUCAGCACGCAAGUUACAGUAUCCCUGCUGGUACUGUUCUGACGCCUUUCCAACGUAUGCCAAGUUUGCAAAGCAUGUGCCGGUUCAUAAGGACAAGAUUUUGGCCAUGCUCAAGAAGAACUGUUCCACAAACAGGCGACUGAGAAGAGGAACUGUAAACAUCAACAAUGUCACCACAAAGGCAAAUGAAACCGGUAUCAGUAAAACUAAGAACAGCAUUAAAUCUGAACCUGUGUCUUCUACACACAACGCUAUUGUCCACAGGGAUCCAUCACCUACAAAGGAGACAGAGGCCCAGGCACUGUCGCAGCAUGUGGAAAGUAUGCGGACAAGUCGACGAGCAAGAGGACAGCCUCCUCUAGCUCUAGAUGUGUCUGAUUUGAAGGUUGAGACGGUGAAAAAAGAAAGAAGCCUAUCCAGAGAAAAGGACCUAACACCUGUCAGUGGAUUGGUGUCAUCUGGUGCCUCGGUUUCACUGGGGACUUUAGACAUGCGCACUACUAGAAGUAAAAGGCGUGACAACGAUUCCAUGUCAACAUCAAGCUUUGACCAUGAUGACGAUUUGGCUAGUAACUGUUCUCAUGCCACUGACAAGUCUUCUCAGUCCAGGGGGAGGAGGGAUUACAACAAACGGGGCCCCAGUGAAGAUCGUGAAUCAAUGACUAGUGAUGAUUCUGUAUGUCAUCGUCCGGUCACUCGUCACCAGGGAGCAGCCCACAUUUCCCCAUUACUACAGGACAGUCAUGGUACAGCCAAGAAACCAAAGCUGGCUAGUGGACACCACGUGGAAUCUGAGCAGGGCAGGAGGUCAAGAACCAGGUCUGGUAAUGUAUUGCCUAAAACAACAAGUAUAAAAUGCAAUGAUGUGGAGGACAAGGGAAUGUCAGAUAAGCAUCAGGCAGAAACCAAAUCAACAAAUAAAGUAGGUCCAAGUAAAGGCUUAGGUAGUCUCAGCACACGCAAUCAAUCUAAAGUAAGAUCAGAUAAAAAAACACAUUUGAGUGACUGUGUUAGCCAGCUUAGACAUGUCAGAAAAGAGGCAAGAACUGACCAAAAUGUACAGGAAAAAGAAAUUUUUGCCAAAGGCCCUGAUGAAACGGCUGAAGAUGACAGUAACCCAGCAUCUAAUAUGACAACUCGUAGAUCUAGACGGCUGAAUAACUCGUUGGCAGAUGAAAAGGAAGGGAAUACAAAAAAGGAAAACAGCAGUAAAAGGUCAGUUGUUGAUCAAGCUCCGGUGACAAGACACAAAAUUGAUGAUAACAAAGGCAGUAAUUCUAUGGUGAAUAAAAGUGUAACAAGUAAGGGAAAAAUCAACACGAAAUCUAAGCUAGCAGAGAAAGUGGCAGAGCCAAGAAAAAGGAAGUUUCCUGCAAAAGAGAGAGUCGAUGACAGCUCCAUAAAGUGUGUUAAAAAUGAGAUUGAAGUUAACAAAAACCAAUCGGUACAUGUGAACACUGUAGACCAAAAAUCUGUACUGAUUGUUAGUGAAGAAGAUGAGGAAUUUGUAUAUGUAAAAUCACCAUUGUCUAGUCCUAGCAUGUCCCCAAGGGGGAUCACUCCAGUUGUAAAAAUUGAAAAAGCAGCACCAAACGCUAAACCAGUGGAUGGAAAAGUGGAUAAAUCUGCAUUUAUAGAGAGUUUUAAGAAGUAUAUACAUAAACCUGCACCUCGAUGGACGCCUCCUUUCCCACUUACAAAGAAAAGUAAUGUAACAAAGUCAAAGUUAAGACAGAAAGUGUGCCGUGCACAGGCUAGACUUCUUCAGAAACGGAGGAGGACCAAAAUGGAAUCUGCAGAAUUUUCGUCUGAAGAUGAAGCUGAUGAUGAAUUAGAUGAGGAUAUACAAGAUUCUCAAGUGUCAAAAAAAAACGAUGAGAAGAAAUCGUUUCUGGAUUCAUUUAUAGCCCACUGUGAUAACGGACCACGACUGAAAGGAUUUUACCCCAAAAAUUCACCUUUCAUUGUGCCAAAGGAGAACAGUACCGAAGAUUCUUCACCAGAAACGUUGCCCAAGGAGAAAAAACCAGUGGGUGGUAAAAGGAAGCCUCAAGGUCAGGCAUCCCAAGGUCAUCAGGUGAAGAAGGAGGUGAUCACCGAGUCCCAGAGGACCAUUGCAAACACUGAAAGUAAGGUGCCAGUAACAGUCAAACUGGACGCUAGGCAAAGCAAGUCUGAGUGUGUGAAGGGGAAGGCAGACCAACAACCAGCCGAGUCUAAAGACAAGGAAUUAGACAUGGACUGUUCUGAGGAGGUGAAAAGUAUCACAGAGAGUAAGGAUUGUAGGCCUUGUGCAUCUGUUGAGCAGGGUAGCAAGUUAGACCCAGCAACAGCUAGGCCCACUUCAUUUGAAAGUCUACAGACCUACAUAGACAGUAUGUCAAACUCGGCAUCACCCACUCCCAGUGUCGACUCCACCACCUCCAAAGACACACAUUCCAAAAGGGCUUUGAAGAUUUCUAAAUCCAUGGCAUCCACAUUCCAGGAUAGUUUCAUGACUUAUCUAGGUUCCAAACCAAAAAAGAGUAGAAAAACAUCUGAUGGUUCGUGUUCGUCAUCAGAAUGUGGGGAUGUGAAAUCGUGUAGCUCAUCUGUGUGUGAUGGAGACACUGGAGCCGGUCAAAAAUCACAGGGACAAAAAUCUCACCCCAGCAAACCAUUCACCUGGGACAUGGACUCUGGUGAUGAGCGGAUAGAUCUAUUGGUGUCCACGCUUGGUCGUGUGGUGACAGAAACAUCAGAGACCGGUAGUAAACCAGACGUGACACGUGGAGCUGCAUGUUCUGAGGAGGCACAGAGUGAGACCAGUGUCAGCGCCAGAUCUUCUGUUGAACGCAUUCUGCCCAACAAACAUAGCCAUUUAAAGACCAAAGUUCGUAGAAUCUACCAUGAUGGAAAGAUCUGGGAAAUAGGGCAUGGUUCUGUCAAAUCUGUCUCAGUUGUGCAGCCUGAUAUAGUGACUACGGACAAAGUUCACGGCAGGGAUAGCCCUGUAAGUGAUAUUUCUGACUGUGGAGAAAGUGACUAUUCCAUUAACAACAAAUCAGAUCCUGUUAACAUUUCAAGACCUGAACAGCUGAAGGGAGAUAAUCGUAUCAGCUCAUUAAAAUCUGAACACCAUCAUCUCUCAAAAUCAUCCAAGACAGAACAGAAUGUACAGGCAAGUGUAGAAAUGAUUCGUGUGGACCGAAAACAUGAUGGAGGUGGGUUUGUUCGUCUGGACAAGUCAGAAAUCGAUCAAUAUGACAAGAUGAACACAUAUACUUCUGUCACCCCUGAAGAUAUGGCCCUUAAGAAGACAGAAAACGUCAAGAAAACACCAAAAUGGAAAGUCAAAACAGAAAAACGAACCAAAAGUUCAAAUAUGAAAGAAUUUCCGUUUGUUUUCAAAAAGAACCGAAGGAUGUGAAUCAUGAAUGAGAACCAAACUAAUUUUGUGGGAAUAUUACACUAACAAAUGCAUUGAAGUGAGGCCAACUGGAGGGAAAUCAGUUUCUAGAAGUUACGAUAAAAACAUAUAAAUGUGUUGUAACCUUUGAAUACAACCCGGUGUUGUAUAAUUGUUUUGUCAACACAAGCACUUUUCAAAAUUGGUAUGCUAAAAAUGUCACAAAAAGAGAAUCUACAUUUUUCGGUUCAUUUUUUGCAAAAUUCAGAAUAAUUCAAUAUCAACUUGAAUAUAUUUGAUGAUUAUGACAAGCUACAAUUACUACCUCAAUAUAACUGCAUUAUUUUUGUAAUAUGAGGCAACAGAAAUUUAGAACUAUUUUAUAUCAAAACAAGUGGAGAGCAUUGCCUUAUCCAUCUGCUUUCAAAUUCACAACAAACUUCCAUAUUUUUUUUAAGGCAAAAGAAAUUAAUAGUUGAAUGAAUGGAAUUUUUCUAAGUGUAUUUAUAGUAUCUCUUAAAUAUCAUAUUUUAAGGCUCUAUUUGUUGAAAUUUCAAUAAGUUCUUUAGCAGAUAGUAAGGUAGGAACAAUUUAAGUUUUCAGUCAGAUUCUCUCAUACAUAUGUACUUUUCUUAACACUAGGCAUGCUUAAAAUCAAUCAUGUUUCAAAUUUAAACAUGAGAGGUUUUUCUCCAUUGCUUUUUUUUCAGGUACACUGCCAUAUUUUACAUACCAAUGUAUUCAUGAAAUCUUGUUGAUUCUGACUUGUAUGAAAAGUUAAUUUCUAGAAAAUAUAAUUACUCGAUGACAUUUUGAAUCAAAAGGAGAUUCCUGCUGACCCAAAUAUGUUAUGCUUAAUACUAUGUCUGUGUUAACAGUUCUGAAUUUUCCAUUUACCACCAGUGAAAUAAAAUUCAAAACAUUUAGAAUAAUAAAAAACAAAGAAUGUAUUUUGCACUUAGUUUGAUUCUGAAGUAACACUGAAAAAACACAGAUAUGAAUGUUUCACCUCUCAAACUAAUAAAUGUGGUCAGCUCAAUUAACUGAACAGAAAUAUAUUAGCUAAUCGUGUAAGGCAGAGAAAUUUUCCAUUAAUUGAGUAUGUAAGCUUAACCUGAAUCUAAACAAUACCCAAAAUCAGCAGAAAUCUAUCUUUGAAUACUUUGAGAGCUAAAAUUUGCAGAUUACCGAGGUUUAUUUUCAAGGAUUUUCCCCUGGAAACAUACACGGUUGUGUACUGAAAUUAGAUAUUUGGAGUUGUUUUCCCAUACAAACACUCCAUUAAGUCACUAGUAAAGCUUACUGUAAUCUCGUUUGAGUUGUAGUAUAAAAAGAACUUAACCCUUUCACCACCAGUACUGUAGUCCAUAAUGGAAUCAUCCAUAUCAAUGCAUGGUAGAGUCUACUAAAGUUACAUAGGGGUGAUAGGAUUAGUUAAAAUAAUUUAGAGGGUUAUUUAAACAAAGCCAUGAUUAUGGAGCGAUUGUGAUCGUGACAUGUUUUUAUACGGAAUGAGUUAACGUAACUGGGAGAUGUGCUGUGUUAAUGAUGUAUGUCUGUGACAUGUAUCUAUCUGAUGUAAUAGUACUUGUUCAUUGUUUUGGAGAGAUGUUAUUGUGGUAUGUUUAUAUAGAAUGAGUUAAUUUAGAGACGUGUCAUAUUGCUGAUUUGUAUGACGUAUUAUUCUUUUCAUGUGGUCUUCAGUUAGAAACCGUUGUUUAUUUCCAUAGCAACAUGAUUGGUAAUUAGCCAUCAUUUGUUUACUGUUUUCAGCUGUAAUUCUAUUUGUGGUACAGCUGUUUUGAAUGCAAUAAUUAGACAAAAGUUGUGGGAAGUUGCAUAUUUGUGAAUUUUAUUUUUUUGUUAAAAUUCCAAAUAUCGACCAUAUCAGGCUGAUUUACAAGUGUGAGUGAGAGAAAGUGCAAAUGAAAAAGAACAAACAAAAUCAGGAGUGAGGCAUUGGCCCUGCUUCCUGUUCUUUAUGAAAAUUCUGUCAUAUACUGGACAAUUUCAGCUUAAAUCUGAAGGUAAAUGUUGGAGGUCAAUUAUUCUAGGUGUGAAUAUAGUCACUCCUAUAGUCACAAAAAAUCUUGCCAAGCCAAUUCGUAUUCAUCUGACCAUUAUUUCACAUCAUUGGAUACCCAUGAUUGAUUGGAUAAUUUACCCCUAUUUAAAUUUUCUUUGUACAUUUCAUUCAUACUUAGGCAGGGUACAUUUGUGCAAUCAGUUGUUGGCAUUCAAAUUUAUGACUGCUUCUUUAUAGGAAGUUAUUUGUGUAAUGUAAUGUAUAUGUAAAUUGAUGUACAGUAAGUAAGCACAUUUGUAAGGAACCCCGGGACACCAGAGUAAUUAAAUCAAGUCUUUAUUACUUUGAGCUCUACAGUUCAUCAGUAUUUCACCACUGCCAUAGAUUGUGGUCCAUGAGACAAUUCAUUGCCAAGAGACAGAAAUGUUACUUCAUGAUCAAGAAUUCACAUUAAGCAUGUUGUGACACUGUGUCAGUGUUGAAAACAAGACUAUUGCAUCAUAAAUGUUCAUUUGAAAACAUUAAUUGUGGAAUAGCAGACAGAUCUGAAUUUGUGUGGAUUAAGCUAUAUCAGACUGUUAAAGGAAGAAAAAACCUGUAGAAAUACAGUUGAUUGUCUUAGUGUGCAAGUAAAGAAUACAUGACAUCUGCUGAUAAGUGUCUUUGUAAACAUUACUAGCCUAAAACUAUGUAACAAGUUUAGAUGUAGUGGUGAGGACUAUAUGGAGGAUAAUAGGAACGUCUGUUAUGUAAAUGUGCUGUCAUCCUCAGAAUUCCAGGGGCUGAGCUCUCUUACCCUCUCUGUACCCCUGGAAAAUGUCAUGACCAAAUUGGCAACUCUGUACACAUCUGAAUGAUAUAAGUAGUCGAGUUCGAAACUUUGAUGUACGUACAAGGAUCCACAUAGAAGAGUAAUAGUAAAAAGUUGGGUGUAAUCAUCAAAGUACAUGUACCAGCCUAGCGAUUGGUCAGUUUUUCACCUGACACCAAUCAAACAGCUAAAUGCUUGUCCUCAGUUUUGGCAUGACCUAUUCCAGGGGUGCAAAGAAUGAAGGUGAGCAUAACCCUCAGAAUUUUGAGGAUGAUGUUCUUUUUGUAAGUUUAAAAAGUAAAAUAUGAAUGGAAAAUGGUAAUUUUUUUUUUUUAUCUGCAAGUUGUAUUUAAAGUAUUAUGCAAAACACAUGUUGUACUUACUUUUUAUCAGUGCUAAGUAUUAAAAGAUCGCUGAAAUCUUGUGAUGUUAACGAAUGCAUAUAAAUAUGUUCUUCUAAAUGCAAAGUGUUUUGUAUAAUGCCUAUAUAUUUCAGUUCAGUAUCAUAUUAGCUAUCUUAGCUAUAAACAAUAACUUAUCCCUACUGAUGUGUCGGACCUUGAGUCAUAAAAAUAAAUGUCUAUAUAGGAAAAGGAGGAAGAUGUUGGCAUUGCAUGAAAAUGACAUAAAUAUGCAUUCCCAGUUAAAUCCUUUGAUUUAUGUUGUAAAUACUAUAAGAACUUUUUGUUAACAUUUUCAAAAAUGGCAAUUUAAUUUUUCGUAUUUUUAAUGUUUUUGUAAAUAUUAUUGACCGUUCAGUAAUUAUGUGUUUAGCAAAGCAUGUUUUGUAUUAUUAUUUUUCAUAAGCUUUGUUAAAUCUAUGUGCCCUGUAAGUAAGCAUUCAUCUUUUUGAUGAAUAAAAUUUGCUUUUAUAUUAUGAGAGAAAAAAAAUUGAAUGCCACAUGCCACUUACUUGAAACUUAAGCAUUAAAGUAUAAAAUGAUACAUUGA